UGUCUGUAACAUGGACCAGUUUCCUUUGUUUUCAAUUAACGAAGACUUUACAAAUUCAAAUUUGCAAAAAAAAAAUUGAAUUUGUGUCUCACCAGUAACCAAAUCAACUCAAAUCAUCACAAAUUGAAUUUAGUUGGUUUGUUGCUGUGUUGGGCGUUGGGUUAAGGUUUGGAGCUGGCGAAAUCAGGAAAAAAAAUGGAUUUCGAUAACGUACUUAGCGAGGUUGGAUCCUUUGGGUUGUAUCAGAAAAUUAUUAUAUGUGCAGUUCUCUUGCCGGCGGCCCUGCCAUGUGCCUUCCAUGCUUAUAGUCAAUUAUUUAUUGCAGCAACUCCCAAACAUUGGUGUCGCACACCCGAGCUGGAACCUUGGGUCCAGGAUUACACGGAAUUAGUGGUGAAUUUAAGUGUACCCAUUAAAAAUGAUGCCUAUUCCGAGUGCCAUAUGUAUGCAAGAAAUUAUUCGGACAUUGUACGUUAUCUGGAAUACCGCACACCGUUGGAAUUGCAACGCGACAAGGUGUGGCACAUCGGAAAUCCAAAGGGUUCUAAUAUGACCACAUGCCAAUAUGGUUGGCAUUAUGACCGAUCUCAGUAUCCUGCAACAGUUGUAACAGAGUGGAAUCUAGUGUGUGAUCGAAGUUAUUUGGUGACUUUGGCGCUGGUCGUCUUUGGCAUUGGAGGCCUGGUGGGCAAUUAUGUAUUUGGUUACUUACAAGACAUGUGGGGCCGACGUCCUUCAUUCUAUGCCUAUUUGCUUCUGGAAAUUGUGGCGUGUGCUGCCAGUGCAAUUGCUUGGAAUUUUGAAGUGUGGCUGGGCUUAAGAUUUGUGGUUGGUCUGACUGUACCCGCCAUACUGGCAAGCCCUUAUGUGUUGGCAAUUGAAAUGGUUGGUCCGGAAAAACGUGUUUUUUGCACAAUUGUCUCCAAUAUUGCGUACUCUUGUGGACUGGUGCUCCUGGCCGGGGUGGUGUAUGUUGUACGUGAUUGGAGAUAUUUAUCUUUGGCUGUUUCACUGCCUCUGCUUUUGCUGUUUUCGUGUUUUUUCGUUCUACCAGAGUCGCCUCGUUGGCUGAUGGCGGUCAAUCAGCCUCGAAAAGCGGCAAAGGUGUUGAAAGUGAUGGCCCGUGUCAAUGGUGUAACGGUGGUACCAAAUUUUGUCAACUUGGUUGAGGAACGAUUUCACAGAGCUCGUGGUCCCAAUGAUUCGGCAACCUCUCAUGGAAUUUUGGAUUUAUUUCGAACGAAGAAUAUGUUUCGCAAGACAAUGAUUAUCACCUUGAUCUGGUUUGCCAACACCAGUGUUUAUGUGGGUUUAAGUUAUUAUGCACCCGCCCUGGGAGGUGAUGAGAUAUGGAACUUCUUUUUGGCCGGCGUAGUUGAGCUGCCAACGUACAUAUUGCUGUGGCCGGGUCUGAACUACUGUGGCCGACGUUCAAUUUUGUGCAUAUCCAUGCUGUUGGGAGGCAUAGCCUGUGUCACCACCUCCGUGUAUAGUGAGGAUGCAAACAUCAUGCUAAUAUUGUACUGCAUCGGUAAGAUGGGUAUCUCUUCGGCAUUUGUGGUGCUGCCGCUGCUGGCAUCUGAAAUCUAUCCAACGGUGGUCAGAGGAUUGGGCAUGAGUUUUAGUUCUGUCAUUGCAAUGAUUGGUCCCAUCGUGAUACCCAUUAUUAACCAUAUGGGUCAAGAGAUGCUGGUCUUGCCGCUGAUCAUUAUGGGUGGCCUACUAAUUGGCGGUGGCGUGUUUAGCCUUUUCUUGCCCGAAACGCGUGGCAAAAGUCUACCGCAAACUAUUGAGGAGAGUGAAUCGAUACCCUUAAGUUUUCUGCCACGAUGUUGUGGCGGGAAUGUGCCCAAAAGUAAUCUCGACAAAAGUACAAACAACCGACGGGAUUGUAAUAAUAGUCAUGGCCAUAUGGUCUGUAGUAUAUGUAAAUCUGAAAUUAGAAGUCGUAGGGUGUAGUGUUAGUGGUUGGAAUAUGAAUGUAUAUGUAGGGAAGAGAAUAAAAUUUUGUUUAAUUUUU